AUGACACAAACCUACAAAGAAAUUUCAGCGAUUGCUCGGAAGAGGCGCGAUGAUGCCCUCAAUGCCUUUUUCCGGGUCCCAGAUAUCAAUGAAGAUACCCUCCCAAGGGAUCUGAGAUCUUUCCCUAAGACCUCUGGGUUGCUAUCCACCGAGGAGCUCGAGAUCAUCUACUCAGACGCCGAGACACUUGUGCAAAGGAUCAAGGAAAGAAAGCUGACCUCGGUUGCAGCGACCAUUGCAUUUUGCAAAGCUGCAGCAAUCGCUCAGAAGCUGACAAACUGUGUGACAGAAGUUCUAUUCAACGAUGGCUUGGAACGAGCAAAAUACCUCGACGAAUAUCUCGCAAAGCAUAACAAGACCAUUGGCCCUCUCCAUGGCUUGCCAUUGUCUUUGAAAGAUAAUUUCAUGACUCCUCCCCACCCUUCGUCAGUUGGCAUGUCCGUCCACGCCAACGUACCCACCGAAAAGGAAUCGGUUUUGGUGGACAUCCUUAGAGACCUCGGUGCGGUCUUCUAUGUAAAAACCAAUAUCCCAACAGCCAUGAUGAUGUGCGAGACAAACAACCGCAUUUGGGGUGAAACUCGAAAUCCUAUCCAUAAGGGCCUUACGCCAGGCGGCUCUUCGGGUGGCGAAGGUGCUAUCCUUGCCAUGCGUGCCUCUCCUCUUGGAGUGGGCACCGAUAUUGGCGGUAGUAUUCGCAUUCCUAGUGCAUUCUGCCAUUUAUACGGGCUCAAACCCUCCUUUGGCCGUUUCCCAAUGUGGGGAGGUCGACCUGGUAUCCCUGGUCAAGAUUUCAUCUACUCAGUCUGUGGUCCGAUGGCACCAUCACUCGGAUCAAUGAAGUUGUUCUGCGAAACUGUUCUUUCAGAGGAAACCGCGCCCUGGGAUUACGACCCCAAGGUCAUUCCUAUUCCCUGGAGGAAAAACAUGAUCGAACCCAAAGGGCGUAAAUUGCGGAUCGGUGUUCUGGGAAACAACGACACCGUGAUUACGUGCCAUCCACCAGUUGAGCGUGCAUUGGCAAUGGUGAAAAAGGCAUUGAAAGAUGCUGGCCACGACGUUUUUGAAUGGAAACCAAUUGCCCAUAAAGAAAUCCUCACUCUUCUUGGGGAAGCUUUUGAUGAACUGGGCUCUUCCUCCAUCAUGCCAAACCUACAAGCCUUCCAGGAACCUUUAUUUGGCGCCAUGGAGAGAAUGUUCGCCGGCGGCAAAGCCUCCGGCGGGAAACUGGGCCCUGAGAAGCUACGAGAAAUGAUUUUGAGGAGAAACCAGCUUCAGAAGGAUUACCUUGACCGUUGGCUUGCUACAAAGACCGAAACAGCCGGCCCCAUGGACUGCAUAAUUGCGCCUGUCGCGGCCGCAUCAGCCGCUCGGUUGGGAUUGGGUGAAAAGGUGGAUUAUGUGGGCUACACGGGAGUCGCAAACCUGCUCGACCUGCCAGGCUGCACAUUCCCAGUCACAUACGCAGACAAGUCCAUUGAUCACAAGCGAGGCAGCAGUUUCAAAGCUUUAAGCCCCAGAGAUCAAGCGAUCCAGGACGACUAUGACCCAGAAUUUUAUCAUGGGGCGCCGGUCUCCUUGCAGCUGAUUGGCAGACGGUUGGAGGAAGAGAAGGUCGUGGAGAUGGUGGAAGUGGUUUCGGAGGUGCUUAAAUUUCAACCGAAGCCGAACUUGUAA